UAUAGAGAGAUGGAUGAGAGUCUUGCAAACCUGUCAGAAGAUGAGUAUUACUCUGAAGAAGAGAGAAAUGCCAAAGCUGAGAAAGAAAAAAAGCUGCCGCCACCACCUCCACCAGCUCCUGCAGAAGAAGAAAAUGAAAGUGAGCCUGAGGAGCCAUCUGGGCAAGCAGGAGGACUUCAAGACGACAAUUCUGGAGGGUAUGGAGACGGCCAAGCAUCAGGUGUGGAGGGUGCAGCUUUCCAGAGUAGACUUCCACAUGACCGUAUGACAUCUCAAGAAGCUGCCUGUUUCCCAGAUAUAAUCAGUGGGCCACAGCAGACUCAGAAGGUGUUUCUGUACAUCAGGAACCGCACACUGCAACUUUGGUUGGAUAACCCAAAGAUUCAGUUGACAUUUGAGGCAACUAUCCAACAGUUAGAAGCACCUUAUAAUAGUGACACGGUGCUAGUUCACAGAGUACACAGCUAUCUAGAGCGGCAUGGUCUAAUCAACUUUGGUAUCUACAAAAGAGUGAAGCCCCUUCCAACCAAGAAGACUGGAAAGGUGAUCAUUAUAGGUUCUGGAGUCUCUGGGUUGGCAGCAGCUCGCCAGCUGCAGAGUUUUGGGAUGGAUGUCACAGUCCUGGAAGCCAGGGACCGAGUAGGAGGAAGAGUUGCUACGUUUCGUAAAGGGAACUACGUUGCUGAUCUAGGAGCAAUGGUAGUAACAGGACUUGGAGGGAACCCCAUGGCUGUGGUCAGCAAACAAGUAAACAUGGAAUUGGCUAAGAUCAAACAAAAAUGCCCGCUUUAUGAAGCGAAUGGACAAGCUGUUCCAAAAGAAAAGGACGAAAUGGUGGAGCAAGAAUUUAAUCGUCUGUUGGAAGCUACCUCCUACCUCAGUCAUCAGCUGGAUUUUAAUGUUCUCAAUAAUAAGCCUGUCUCUCUAGGUCAGGCUCUGGAGGUUGUCAUACAAUUGCAGGAGAAGCAUGUGAAGGAUGAGCAGAUUGAACACUGGAAAAAAAUUGUGAAAACACAGGAGGAGUUGAAAGAUCUUCUUAAUAAGAUGGUGAGUUUAAAAGAGAAGAUUAAAGAACUCCAUCAACAGUACAAGGAGGCGUCAGAAGUGAAACCACCUCGGGAUAUUACAGCUGAGUUCCUUGUGAAAAGCAAACAUAGAGAUCUGACUGCACUUUGCAAGGAGUAUGAUGAAUUGGCAGAAACACAAGGAAAGCUGGAAGAGAAGCUUCAAGAACUUGAAGCCAAUCCACCAAGUGAUGUUUAUCUGUCAUCAAGAGACAGGCAGAUACUUGACUGGCAUUUUGCCAACCUAGAAUUUGCUAAUGCUACACCCCUAUCUACGCUUUCACUGAAGCACUGGGACCAGGAUGAUGACUUUGAAUUCACAGGCAGUCACUUGACUGUGAGGAAUGGAUAUUCAUGUGUGCCUGUAGCCUUGGCAGAAGGUUUGGACAUUAAAUUAAAUACAGCAGUUCGACAAGUUCGCUAUACAGCUUCAGGCUGUGAAGUGAUAGCUGUUAAUACUCGAUCUACUAGCCAAACUUUCAUUUAUAAAUGUGAUGCUGUGCUGUGUACUCUUCCGUUGGGAGUCCUGAAACAGCAGCCACCAGCUGUACAGUUUGUGCCACCUCUUCCUGAGUGGAAAACCUCUGCGGUGCAGCGGAUGGGAUUUGGCAACCUUAACAAGGUUGUGUUAUGUUUUGAUCGUGUCUUCUGGGAUCCAAGUGUCAAUUUGUUUGGUCAUGUUGGUAGCACUACUGCGAGCAGAGGAGAACUUUUUCUGUUUUGGAACCUGUACAAAGCACCGAUCUUGUUGGCUUUAGUAGCUGGAGAAGCAGCAGGGAUCAUGGAAAAUAUCAGUGAUGAUGUCAUUGUUGGGCGGUGCCUUGCCAUUCUCAAAGGCAUCUUUGGCAGUAGUGCUGUGCCACAGCCCAAAGAGACUGUGGUAUCCCGCUGGCGUGCUGAUCCUUGGGCCCGGGGUUCAUACUCCUAUGUAGCAGCUGGAUCUUCUGGAAAUGACUAUGACUUGAUGGCUCAGCCAAUUACUCCAGGACCAGCCAUUCCAGGUGCUCCGCAGCCUAUUCCUCGCCUUUUUUUUGCGGGAGAACAUACAAUUCGCAACUAUCCUGCGACUGUUCAUGGUGCUUUACUGAGUGGACUGAGAGAAGCAGGUCGCAUUGCAGACCAGUUUCUUGGGGCCAUGUAUACUUUGCCUCGCCAGCCUACACCUGGGGUCCCCACACAGCAAGCUGCCAGCAUAUAGGAGCAGUAGAAGGUACCAGAAGAGGAGUGACGAAACCACAGCGCUGCUGUUGUGAAUUUUUUCUCGGGAUGAAGAUAUUUUUGUGGUCUGUAACAGUGUCUGCUGAAAGGACUCAGCCUUGAGUUGGUGUGUAAUACUUCUGUUAGAAUGGCCUUACAGAAAUUUACCUGACCUUUGUCUUGGCAUCCUUUUUUAUUAAAUCUCUUAUAACUGUUUGAAGCAUCAAUGUACACAGAAGUCUUUACUGCCAAAUUGGUCAGGGACUCUUUUGGCUCUGCAUACGUUUCUUGAAAGUCAAGCUUACAGCGGGAAUUUUUUAGGUUUUUUUCUCUACCUAUUUAUAUAUUUACAGUUUGGUAAUUGCACAAAAGGUUCCUCUAGAAGCUGGUGGCUACUCAUAGUAGCUUACUGUAAAACUUAUGCAAACUUGCUUGUUGUUUAAAAAUUAUUAUUUGUCAGCCAAGUUCUGCUCAGUCUUAUCUGUCAUUUGAAAAUUUGUUGCAACUGUCUCCCUGCCAGUAAGAGCAAAUCACAGUGUCCAUUGACUGCUACACCAUAUGCAUCCUGCUUUAGAAAGAAGGUUGGUAUUCCGAAGAGUGUGCUAAGCAUACUGUUUUAUUAAAUACUUUCAACAAAGGAAGCUGUCACAACUGGAUAUUUGCAAGAUAAAAACUAGAAAUAUUAUUCAUAUUUCUUUGUAUAGAAACAAUGUUGCCUAGACAGUAAGCUAGCUAAAGGACCUAAUCUCUUGACUCCUUGGGUUCUGUUGUUUUGUUUUGUUUUCUUCCAAAGCUUGGAGGACUGUGUUUCAUUUUUCCUGAGUAGGUGAGAAGAUCUUACAAGUCCCAUCGUUACACUUCCAAAAGUCACUUUGGUUUGGCUGCUUUCCCAAAUAUUUUCCUUCUUAUUGACUGGGCAUGGCUGCCUUCUAGCACACAGAGCAAUCCCAUCCUAUUUAAACAUUUAGGUGGUUCUUCCUGCUCCUUCCUUUGUUGGUUAGCAUUAGACUUUUCUUAUUGUUUCCAAAUUUCCCCAUUCCCUCCCUCUGCAGCUUUUUUCCUCUUUCUUACCCAUGUCCUUUGUUCAUGGCCAAUUUCUUUGUACUUAAUAUUUCUUUUUUAGUUUUACUGUGCUCACUCUCUCUGAGCCUGGUUUUGUUGUAUGUGCAGUCUGUCCCAACUUCCUUAUGCCCUUGUACCUUCUGUUCUACUACAGGACUGGUACCUCUCUUGUUUCCUGCUCCUCCCUCUAAUUACAUUGCCCACAUUACUUCCUCAUGAAAAUAUAUGCACACCUGACUGCA